AUGACUUCGCGGGAGAGUAAUACGGCGGUGCCUGUCCGUCGUGUGACAGACCAGCUCGAAACGCCUUCACUCGACGAUCGGGACUAUCGCGUCAUCCGGCUGCCCAACGAGCUUGAGGCUUUGCUGGUCCAUGACCCUGAUACGGACAAGGCCAGCGCUGCGCUCGACUGCAAUGUGGGCAACUUCAGCGACGAAACGGAUAUGCCUGGCAUGGCGCAUGCCGUGGAGCAUCUUCUGUUCAUGGGGACCAAGAAGUACCCCGUCGAGAACGAAUACAGUCAAUACCUCGCCAACAACUCUGGCAGCUCAAACGCAUACACUGGGCCGACUUCGACCAACUACUUUUUCGAGAUCUCGGCAAGGCCUGCAAACGACCUAGAACCCACAGAUCAGAACCCGUCAGCGCUGAAAGGGGCACUGGAUCGCUUCGCCCAAUUCUUCAUCGAGCCUCUCUUCCUCGAAUCUACCCUGGACCGAGAGUUGCGAGCUGUUGACUCGGAGAACAAGAAGAACCUCCAGAGCGAUCAAUGGCGUCUGCAUCAGUUAGAGAAGUCGACUUCAAACCCAAACCACCCUUAUUGCCACUUUUCCACAGGAAACCUGGACGUCCUGAAGAUUCAACCCGAAGCAAAAGGCAUCAACGUGCGCGAGAAGUUUAUGGAGUUCCACGACAAGCAUUAUUCGGCCAACCGCAUGAAGUUGGUUGUUUUAGGCAGGGAAUCUCUCGAUGUUCUGGAAGGCUGGGUGUCGGAGUUCUUUGCCGGCGUGUCGAACAAGAAUCUCCCCCAGAACCGCUGGGAGAGCGAGGCGCCCUUCAGGAAGAGCGAGCUUGGCAUCCAGAUCUUCGCCAAGCCUGUCAUGGAUUCGAGAGAGCUCAAUCUCUAUUUCCCCUUUAUGGACGAGGAACGCAUGUACGAAUCGCAGCCCAGCAGAUACCUCAGUCACUUGAUUGGCCACGAGGGUCCUGGCAGCAUCAUGGCUUACGUCAAGUCAAAGGGUUGGGCGAACGGUUUGAGCGCCGGGACCUAUCCCGUAUGUCCCGGAACUGGUGGCAUCUUUGACUGCCAGAUUCGGCUGACCGAAGAGGGCCUCAAGAACUACCAGGAGAUCACGAAAAUCUUCUUCCAGUACGUCUCGCUGCUGCAGGAGACCUCGCCUCAGGAGUGGAUCUUUGAUGAGCAGAAAGGCUUGGCCGAUGUCGACUUCAAGUUCAAGCAGAAAACGCCCGCCAGCAGAUUUACGAGCAAAAUCAGUUCGGUCAUGCAAAAGCCUCUUCCACGCGAGUGGCUGCUGAGUGGGCACAGCAAGCUGAGGAAAUUCGACCCCGAAUUGAUUCGAGAGGGACUGGCAUGUCUGAGGCCCGACAACCUUCGUUUGACGAUUGUGUCACGCAACUUUCCCGGUAACUGGGACCGCAAGGAGAAGUGGUACGGCACAGAGUACCGCUACGAGGACAUUCCCGCCGACUUCCUUGCGGAAAUAGAGAAGGCGGCGGCAUCAGGCGCUAAGGACAGGUUGCCAGAGCUACACCUCCCGCACAAGAACAACUUCAUCCCCACGAAUCUCGAAGUCGAAAAGAAGGAAGUCAAGGAGCCAGCCCUUGCUCCCCGCAUUGUUCGCAACGACCUUUUGGCACGGACCUGGUUCAAGAAGGAUGACACCUUCUGGGUUCCCAAGGCCAACCUGGUCAUCAGUUGCAGGAACCCCAACAUCUAUUCAUCAGCCGAGAAUGCCGUCAAGGCCAAGCUGUUCACUGACUUGGUCCGUGACGCCCUCGAGGAAUACUCCUACGACGCCGAGCUCGCCGGCCUACAGUACAGUGUUGCACUUGAUGGGCGCGGCAUGUUUCUUGACCUUAGCGGUUACAAUGAUAAGCUGGCAGUGUUGCUGAAACAGGUUCUCGUCACCAUCCGAGAUGUCGAGAUCAAGGAUGCCCGGUUCGACAUCAUCAAGGAGCGUCUUCACCGGGGAUACAACAACUGGGAGCUUCAGCAGCCGUUCAGCCAAGUGUCCGACUACACAACGUGGCUGAACUCAGAACGCGAUUAUGUCGUUGAGGAAUAUCUCGCCGAGCUCCCCAAUAUCAGCGCCGAGGACAUUCGGCAGUUCAAGAAGCAGAUGCUCGCGCAGAUGCGCAUCGAGGCCUACGUACACGGCAACAUCUACAAGGAGGACGCCCUGAAGCUGACGGAUAUGGUCGAAACGAUACUCAAGCCCCGCAUCCUGCCGCAGACUCAGUGGCCAGUCACCCGCUCCUUAAUCCUCCCUCCCGGAUCCAACUUUGUGUACAAGAAGACGUUGAAGGACCCUGCCAACGUCAACCAUUGUCUUGAGACUGUAUUCUACGUUGGCGACAAGAGUGACUGGAAUGUGCGGGCUAGAACACUUCUGCUCGACCAGAUAGCCCACGAGCCUGCCUUCGACCAACUGCGUACGAAGGAGCAACUAGGCUACGUUGUUUUCAGCGGUGUUCGUAGCUUUUCAACCACAUACGGAUUCCGCUUUAUCAUCCAGAGCGAGCGUCCCUGCGACUACCUUGAAUCAAGGAUUGAGGCUUUCCUAAACCAUCUGUCUACGAUCAUCGACGCUAUGACCGAUACGGAGUUUGAGGGUCACAAGCGGAGUCUCAUCGUCAAGAGGCUUGAGAAAGUCAAGAACCUCGACCAAGAGAGCAGCCGGCACUGGACUCAGAUUGCCAGCGAGUACUACACAUUUGAACUCGCUCAGCAAGAUGCCGAACACAUUAAGAAACUGACCAAGGCCGACAUGGUCGAGUUCUAUCGCACAUUUGUCAAACCUGGCUCGGCAACCCGAGCCAAGGUCUCGGUGCAUCUGGUUGCGCAGUCCUCAGCCGAAUCCGAUGAGAAGAUGACGGAGUUGCUCCAAAAGCUCAGCCUUGACAAGACGGCCGAGACCAAGGUCAAGGCAGCACUGCUACGUCCCGAGAUGAGGAACGACACAGAGAACCUGAAGUUGUAUCUCCAGAGCGAGCUGCAAUUGCCUGAGGAGAAGGUUUCCACCGUCAUUGCUGCCGCGCACGACCCGAAGACAGGUCCGAAGGUGAAUGGUGUCAAGGAAGAAGACAAGGCUUCGGUCGACACGAAGCCCCAGAUCAUCACGGACGUUCGUGCCCACAGGGCCAGGCUUCAGGCCACAUCGGGAGCCCAGGCUGGUAAAGAUCUCAGCGAGUACCUGGAUUUGGACGCCAAACUCGUUCUGGAUGAAGCUCAUGACAUGACCAAAUCGUCUUGCGAGAAAUCUGUUGAAGGUUACAUAGUGAACCGGCCGGUCCUAGGGUUGCCUGGUGCAUUUGAUGGAGUGCUGGCCGCAUACGUCUUGUACCUGAGUGACGUGCAGGACGAGGCUCUCCCUGAUCAGGACGUGGGUCUUUUUUCAACGCUAAGAUACCGAAGGCAGCACUGCCUCACCGACCGCGCGAAGCGAAGUGAAGCGACACUAACCAAGGUAGCCAGCUCCUCCAUCGUCCUCCGGACUGUCUCCCCCGCGACUGCCUUUCCCAGGCUUGCACUCUUCGAGCUGCACAGGCAGCUCGCCAUCACAACGUCUUCCUCAAAGAAGCGGAAGAUUGCGCCGCGACACAUAGAUAACGACCAACUGCAACCUCACACCCCCUAUCCCGACAUAGUUUUGCCCUCCUGCGAACCCGACGACGACCCCGCCCUCUCUUUCACCUCCACCGCCUUCAGCGACAACCGCCACGGCUCGCCCGAGGUAGAGGUCGAAGCUCCCCCCGUGGCCGCUCCCUGGUGGCAAUCCGCCGAAAGCAAUCCCGCCUCUAGUCUGCCUGCCAGACUCCAGACUCGCCAGGUCUCUCUGACGUCGACCGAGUACCCCGAUAGUGCUGCGUCUUCUCCCUCGGGCGUGGGCGACCUCUCCCUCGACAGUGACCGCGGCGGCUAUACCUCUGGCACCGAGACCGGGCCUCUGCAGCCGCGUGACACGGCCCGAAGCCAGUCACCCUUCAACGUCUCCCGCCGGGCUAUCAUGGGAGGAGAUGGGGACGCCCCUCAACGGUCUUCUUCACCCUUGAAACGACGCGCUUCCAGCAUGGAACCACAGCAAGACACGGAGAUGCGAGGGGCCCAGGAGGUGGAUUCGGUCGAGUCCGCUCAGAGCACAGCACAGCACGGGUCAACGACUACUCGAGCCCAACUGCCGAGGGCCAUGAGCAUCGAUUUGCCGGAUGACCAGCCCGCUUCAGGCGUGCAGGUUGGGCAGAUAGAUAGAGUGAUAGAGCCACCACCUCUCGAAGAGCAGAUUAAAACGAUUCAGACACUGGUGCUCGGAUUUGAGGAAACCGUCCCGAAGGUGGGCGAUACCGCAUACGUGGUGUCCACGUCAUGGGUGCGUAAAGCCCAAGCCUUUGGUGACCCCAAGAACACAAAAGACGGUCCGUCAGAUGAACGUCUUGGCCCUGUGGACAAUUCAGACAUCAUCGACAGUAUUUUAGCCACAGACGAGGGCCCCUUUGUGCGCCUGAGAGAUGGAGUGAGCUUAGAUGGCGACGUCUCGCUCUUCCCUGACGAUGCUUGGACCCUAGUAUCGGAGUGGUACGGCCUCUCCGACGGGCAGAUCCCCAUCAUCCGCAAGGCUAUCAACACCGCACAAGAUUCGGCUCCUUCGGCGAAUAUCAUUUUUGAGAUCAACCCUCCCGUCUUCACCAUUCAUCGACUGUGGUCCAGUGGGAGUGAAAUCCCCAUUGAGACCAAGCUGAAGGACGCUGCACCAAUCGUCGUGGUCAAAAGCACCUCUGCAUCUUACAAUGAGUUCUUCAAAGAGCUCAAGACGAAGACGGGCAUUCCAUUGGACCGCAAAAUACGUGUAUGGUCGAUAGCACCCCAACCCGAGCCUUCUCAGAUGGAUGUUGAGCCUCACUCCGCGUUGACGCCGCCUGAUUCGCCGGAACGCGAGCCUGCAUCUCCCCCGGAAUCGUGGAAGAAGAUGCUGAUAGACGUGCCGACGUACUUGGCCGUGGAUUCGCUGCGGCGGAGUAGGGUCGAUGCUAUCGACAACACAGUCAAUGCCAACUACAAUGGGAAAAGCUCAUUGUCUAUGAAGGCUCUUGGGCAAAGCCAGAUUCUGGUCCUUGACGAGGAAGUCGAGAGGGGGGAAUUUGUGUCAACAUACUUCAAGAGAAAGGGUAACGCCAAGAGCAUCGCCUCUCGAGGAGUGGGAAAUGGCAAGACGACUCAGUCCAGUGGCAACAACAGCGGUCGGAACAGCCCCGCACCAUCAGCUCGCUCUGGUCCUAUAACUCGCGGCAGGACGCAGCAGAAAAGGUCGGGCCGCAGCGUCGGAGCUGUCGGUCUGCAGAACCUGGGAAACACGUGCUACAUGAACUCGGCACUUCAGUGUGUCCGGAGUGUCGAGGAGUUGACGAAGUAUUUCCUCACAAGCGAGUAUGAGAAGGAGUUGAACCGCGACAAUCCUCUUGGCUACGAUGGCCAAGUAGCCAUCACGUAUGGGCAGCUCUUGAAGGAGAUCUACCGCGACUCAAGAGGGGCCGUCAGCCCUCGUGAGUUCAAGGUGACAAUCGGUCGUUGUCGCAGCGCCUUUUCUGGAUGGGGUCAGCAGGAUACGCAGGAAUUUCUCGGCUUUCUUCUGGAUGGUCUGCAGGAAGAUCUGAGUCGUAUCAAGAAGAAGCCGUACAUCGAAAAGCCCGAUUCGACUGAUGAGAUGAUCGGCAACGAGGAGGCCAUUCGCAAAAUGGCAGAGGAAGUCUGGGAUAUCACCCGAAAGCGAGACGACUCUGUCAUCGCUGAUCUGUUUACCGGCAUGUACAAGUCUACACUUAAAUGCCCCGUUUGCGACAAAGUCAGCAUCACGUUUGACCCUUUCAACAACUUGACCCUUCCUCUGCCAAUUGAAGAUCUUUGGAGCGCCUCAGUUAAAUUCUUCCCCCUCAACGAUCGUCCUGUACUUGUCGAGGUCGAACUGCCAAAACACAGCGCUGUUGAACUGCUCAAGAAGGCCAUCUCUGACCGGACUGGUGUUCCCGUCAACCGUUUGAUUGGCGCAGAAGAGUUCAAAGGAAAGUUUUUCAAGAUUUACUCCGACAACGAAGACGCUUCGGAAGCCAUUACCGGCAGCGAUGUCGCCACCUUCCACGAGCUGGAGUCGUCGCCUACCAACUGGAUCAAGUCUAGUGGCCACCGCUCCAUGCUAGACAUUGACGAGGAGCCUUACGUCGACCCACGCACCGAACACCUUGUCGUCUCUGUCCUGCAUCGGAAGCAGGCUGCUGGUAACCGAUAUAGCCGGGAUGACAGCGCUUCGCCUCCUCACUUCAUCGUUCUGACGAGAGAAGAGGCCAACAAUGAGGAUGUUAUCCGGCGCAAGAUUCUUGAGAAGAUCGCCACAUUCACUACCGCUGCCGGUUUCGCCGAUUCCGACGAUGGGCUUGAUCCUGAGACGGUUGUCACGACACAGUCCGAUACCGAGAUGGGUGAUUCUAAAGUCGUUGCUCAAUCAGUCGAGGGCGAGGACGACAUCGUCGAAGUGUCGAUGAAGGACAAUGGCGAGCCAACUGCUGCUACGACCGCCGCUGGUAACGACCGCUUGCUGAAGCGGUUUGAGUCGCGUCGACCCAAGUGGGCGACGGACUCACAGUCUUAUCUGCCACCCCAGCUCCAGAACCUUUUUGAACUGUUUUACUUCGGCGGUGAGAGCAGCGACAUUGUGCCUUCUGGCUGGAACAGCCUUGACCGAUCUCUACACAAACUAUCAUCCAGAGCGCCGCCACCUGAGUCAUCAAGCGACCAAGAUGAGUCGAACAGCCCGGGCACCUGGACGAACGGCGGUGAUGGCGACAGCGACAACGACAGCACUAGCGACCUGCAAUCCUCUGCCUCAACUCCGGCACAGACUCGCAUGAAUGAAGAGUCGAGCGAGGAAGAGGCAGUCGUUAAGCCCCCCAAGGCUAGUGUUCGAGCAUCCCAGCGACCUAAUGGUCAGAAGCCUGGCGCUAGCAAGAAAAAGAUGAAGCCUCACAAGACUUACGGCAAAAAGGGCAACAAGCGCCGUCACAGGGAGAUGAAGUCGCGCGAAGUGCGCAUGCCCGAUGUUGCGCCGCAACCCUCACCCACGGAUGAUGUGCCCGGCCCCCUGGUUCGCUUCGGAGAGGGUAUCGUUGUCGAAUGGGACAGCAAUGCCUGGGACGGUAUCUUCGGCGAUACAGAUCACGGUAACGACGAUCUGCGUGGAAGUCCCACGUUCAACGACCUCGAGCGCCUUCGCGAUCCAAACAUGGAGCUGAAGCGGAAAAAGCGCCAAGCUCGCCGUUCCAAGGGCAUCACGCUGGAGGAGUGUCUGGACGAGUUCGAGAAGGCCGAAAUUCUAUCCGAGCAGGAUACAUGGUAUUGCCCGCGCUGCAAGGAACAUCGGCGUGCAAGCAAGAAGUUCGACCUGUGGAAGACGCCUGACAUUCUCGUUGUGCAUCUCAAACGAUUCAGCUCUUCCGGCUACCGGCGAGACAAGCUGGAUGUGCUAGUUGACUUCCCCGUUGAGGGCCUCGAUUUGCGGACACGCGUCUUGCAUCAGGAAGAUGGCAAGGAGGAGGUGUAUGACUUGUGCGCCGUCGACGAGCACUUUGGUGGCCUCGGCGGUGGUCAUUAUACGGCGUGGGCCAAGAACUUCGUCGACAAUCAGUGGUAUCACUUCAAUGACACGAGCGUCUCGGCUGGCAAAGCAGAGAGCUCCGUCACUAAGGCUGCGUACCUCUUAUUUUACCGCCGGCGUUCCGCUGUGCCCCUGGGUGGGCCCCGCUUCCGCGAAAUCUGCGAGAAAUUUGACAGCGGUUCGGAAGAGGAGGAAGAUGAACAAGACGCGGCAGAUUCGGGGGAAGGCCGGCGUCUCGGCGAGGGCUCCUCCCCAACUGGAUCGUCGAGACUUGGGACCGGAGCCGGAGCAAUUCGCCUGCCAGCAGGUCGUGGUUUGGCUCAUAACACCAUGUCGACGCGCAGCGACGACGGUCUGCCCGACUACAACAGCAGCGAACGGGUCCACAACAGCAUCGAGGACGAUGCUAUCGGCAUGGCGGGCGCUCCCGCGAGCCGGCUGUCUCAGACGUUCACCGGCAAGCAGACGUGGUCAUUCAGCGGCAUCGGCGAGGAUGGUGACACCACGGAUACGCUCCAGCUCGGAGGCUACGCCAGUGACGAAGCACAGGCCGACUCGGACGUGCCGGACCUGACUGGCCGUGGCAGCGAGUCCCCCUUGGUCGAUGACCUGCUUCCCCAAGAAAGCGACGACGUGUUCGGGCCUCAGGAGCAGGGGCCCCUGCCCGGCAGCGCCGAGACCUGGAGUCUCAAACUUGAUAAUGGGGUGAAUGCUGUGCCGCCGAGGGAUGACGAUGAUGACGCUGCGUCGUCGGAGGCCGCUGAGAUUCACAUUUCCGACGACAGCCAGGGUCAGUCUGAUGUUAAGUCCUAG